CAUAAACGUUUGAACAGCAGCACAGAAUGAUUCUGUCGCACAAGUAUGACGAUUCAUUCACUUUAAUAACGUUGUAGCUCCUAGAUGUCGAGUGCAAUGUUCUUGCGAUAUUAGUCCAAGGGAGAACAAGCAAUAUCCAGGCAAUACCUACAACGGAAAUGUCUUCGCUAUGUGACACAAGCAAUGGAGAGAGUCAUGCUGAUCCAUGCCAGGAUAAGGAACAUCCACGGAUGCUCAUCCCAGAAUUGUGUCGGCUCUUCUAUCAGCUGGGCUGGGUGACCGGGACAGGCGGAGGGAUAAGUUUGCGCCAUGGAGACCAGAUUUACAUUGCUCCUUCAGGGGUCCAGAAGGAGAGAAUACAGCCAGAAGACAUGUUUGUUUGUGAUGUGGCGGAAAGAGACAUCAGUUCCCCUCCUGCCUGGAAAAAGCUGAGAAAGAGCCAAUGCACCCCUCUGUUUAUGAAUGCCUACACAAUGAGAGCGGCCCAGGCUGUCAUACACACCCACUCAAAGGCUGCUGUCAUGGCAACAUUGCUGUAUCCUGGCAAGGAAUUCCGGAUAACUCACCAGGAAAUGAUCAAGGGAAUUCGUAAGGGCAACUCCGGCACCAACUACAGAUACAAUGACACACUGGUAGUGCCAAUCAUUGAGAAUACCCCAGAGGAGCAAGACCUGAAGGAGCGUAUGGCACUAGCAAUGGAAGAAUAUCCUGAAGCUUGUGCAGUCCUGGUCCGUCGUCAUGGCGUCUACGUGUGGGGAGAAACCUGGGAGAAAGCCAAGACAAUGUGUGAGUGCUACGACUAUCUUUUUGACAUCGCUGUCCAAAUGAAACAGUGUGGACUUGAUCCUUCUGCGGUCCCCUCUGAAGAGAUUGACAUUGUUUGACGAUAGACAUAACUGGUGCAUGAUAAACAUUUGGGGCUUUAAUAGAUCUUUGUAAAGCAAUGCAGAUUUAUGGUUGUUAGGUUGGGAAGUUUGGUAUCAUAUGAUUACGUAGCCUAACUGCUUGUCCUUUAUUUGCCUUUUACUGUUCCUAUUGGUGUGUGACAACUACAACACUUUUUCAUGCUAGUUGUGUCAGCAGGUUUCUUUGGUCCAACUGUUAUUGACAAGAUCUUUGGUUCAGAAGAAAGGCUAUGUGUGCUUUUCUUCCAGCCCAGAACUAAGACACUUUUAAAAGUUAAAGUGUAGUGGUGCCAUUGUUGUUUGCCAGAAGGAACUGUAUUGCAUGGUUGGGUGGAUUUUCACUUUUAAAUGAUAUGCAUUGUGUGUUUUCUAUUCAAGAACUAUAAGUACACGUGAUGCUCGUGUUUUAAAAUAAUACAAAGCUUAUUACCCAAACUGUUAGCGAUCCCUUGUCGAACACAGAUCAUUGGUAAUUAUGCAGUGGAUCAGAUGAUGAGCAAUAAAGAAAAUGUUAAUUUGCUAAGAUUUAUAAAUCAACAGAGAGAUGUGUGACAGCCUAAGAGCUUUUUAAACAAUGAGUUAUGCCCCAGUGUUGUGGCAUCCACAUCUCAUGGGAAAAGGAACACUCAAUGCUAAGCCAUAUUUUUUUUAUUGAUAAUGAAGUAAAUGUGUUUGAUUUUUAAGUUAAAUAAAAGCCUUGUGACACGCUCAA